AACAAAAUGGCGGUCACAACUAUUGAUGGAUGGUACGCUGGUCUUAUAGGACUUGCAGAAGGCUUUCUUACAUCGAAACCCCAAAGAAUAAAGGAAUCAAUCCAAUGCUUACAGGCAGUAUUCCAGUUUCAUCCAUCAUCAGCAAUCCAAGCGAGAACACAUCUCCAAAUAGGUCGGCUUCUUCAUUCGUACACAAAGAAUGGGGAUUUGGCGCGUUCGCAUCUUGAGAAAGCUAUUCUACUCUCGCAAACUUUAGGGCCUGGUUUUGAAGAAAUUAUUUUUGAAGGUGCAAGUCUUCUCUCCCAGAUAUACAAAGAACUGGCACAAUAUCCAUUAGCGAAACAAGUACUGCGCCAGGCAUUAGAAGUCACUCAAGGGGAAAAUAUAUACUUCUGGCAGUUCAGGCUUUUCUUUCAACUAGCAGAAGUCCAUGCUUGUGAUAAAGAGCCRACAGUAUCAAUUGAAGUGUUAGAAAUGGGUGAGAGGAUAGCUGAACAAUGUGGAUCACAAUACAUGAGAUGUCUUUUUACACUAAGUAAAGCUCUGGUUUUCCUGGUUGAAAAGAAUUUCUUGCAGUUAGAACCAAUUUUAACUUCAGUUGGAAACUUCCUGGAGYGCUGGCAGGUCCAGAGCUACAGCAGAGAAUCUCUUGUUACUUUUUAUCUCUUUCUUAGAGUUUGGCAUCUUUUGACUGCUGGUCAGGCAAAGACAGUAAAACCAUUUUUAAAAGAGUUACAACAGUCUAUACAAAAGCUGACAACCAUGAAUUCUGAUGAUUGUCAAUUAAAUGAUGCUGAGAAAUUUUAUUGGUUACCCAGAGAAUAUUUAUGUGUUUUAGUAUAUUUGGUGACAGUUAUGCACUCCAUGUAUGCAGGAUACAUGGACAAAGUCUUAAAGUACAGUGCCAAGGCAUUAGAUCAGRUUGAAAGACUUAAAGUGACAGCACCUAGUAGUCUAGUGACACUAUUUCAGAUAACUCUGAUUGAACAUAAUGUGAUGUGUAGGAUUGUACAAGGCCAAACACCACAUGCCAUCAAAGAGAUAUCAAUGAUAUAUCAGAGUCUACAGCAUGAUCCCAAACUGAUAGCUUCACACAAGCCAGUCCUYCACACUUUAUUAGGUUUGUAUGCGAUGUCAAUGAAUCUAAUGGAACAAGCCAGCGCACAGUUCAACAUGGCAUUAAAGCUAUGUCCCAGACCGGAACUAGCAACGUUCAUUGGUUUAAAUCUAACGAUUAUUUACGUACGUGCAGGAGAAAGUAAAAAACACGAGUUGGCAACUGUCCAUCAGAGAAUACACCCAUCAAAUCUACCAAUAACUUCUCACAACUUACAAGCAGGCUACUAUUACGCRUGUGGUCUGAGAGCCUUCUUCGAAAGCAGAAUCCAAGAUGCAAAAAAGUACCUUAGAGAAACUUUAAAGAUCGCAAACACAGAAGACCUCAACAGAUUGACGGCGUGUUCUCUUGUUCUUCUCGGACACACGUUUUUAGCAUCAGGAAACCCUCAGGAAGCACUUCAUAUGGUUUUGCCAGCGAUGCAACUUUCUGCCAAAAUUCCCGAUAAUUACGUCCAGCUAUGGGCUGCAAGUCUUUUAAGAGAUCUAUAUAAUAUGUUAGGCGAUCCUGUACAAGCAAGAGAAAGUUUYCAUCGACAUCACAAUAUAACGAAACAACUCAUAGAAAACCAUAUGCAGGCUCGAAAGCUGCAAGAACACUCGUUAACGGAGUGGGUUGGUGUCGUAUCUCAAGCAGGGUUGACAGAUACUCAGAAUAUUCCAAGUCAACAGGACGCUAGUCGAUUCCUCGUCAACUUCUCGCAAGCCGGGCCGAGUGGAAUGAUGUAACUUUGUAUUCGUUAGGCCAGAGAAUUCCACAGAGUCGUACAUGAUGGCUUCACUGAAUACUGCUGUCCCUCAAGGACAUGUCGAGCUAUCCUAGAAUAUUCCAGAAAACGACGAAGCAUUUUAUGGAGAACUAUAUCUUAUUUGUUUUUAGAAAAUAACAUGGACAUAUUGCAAAUCUUUUAAAUAAUAUUUUUCAUAUAUUUUACUCGUCGCCUUAAAAAGUCGCCCUUGUUUUAAUCUGUGCAAAUGUAAAAUUUCAAACAGGAAAAAAAUGCAUUCCCCAUCUUGUCUACUUUUUCGGUGUAUCCUAAACGACUUAGAUGUAAAUGUGGUGGAGUGGUAUUCGUAUAUGUAAAAAUACAGUCCUGUACCAGAGCAUUUGUUCCAUGUGGCAUACCUUAGCAUCGAAAUGGCUUCCCAUUCAUCCAAUUUCAAAGUUUAGGUUUCCUCACUCAUACGAAAUCCGCUCCGCUAUUAGAAUGCAUGUAAUGCAUGUACUUUAUAAGAACAGUUAAUCAAAAAGGAAUUUUUUAACGAAACCAUUACGAGCCCUGAAAGUAUCUGCAGAUGCAAAAAUAAAAGAUUAAACCAA